AUGGCGGACCCGAUGAACGUGAUCAGCGUGGGCACGCUGGCGCAAGUUGCGCGGGGCACGCUGCCCGAGAACCCGAUCAUGCAGUGCGUGCAGAUCAAGCCGAUGGCGAGUACACAAGGACAAGAGCGGUAUCGAGUAGUUUGGAAUGAUACAACCAACUUCAUACAGGGGAUGCUUGCGCAGCAGAUCAACCAUGUCGCGCAAGAGAACAAGCUGCAGAAGGGAAGCAUAUGUCGCCUGACCUCGUACCAAGCGAACUAUGUCAAGGACAAGCACAUUCUCAUUAUCCUCGACCUUGACAUUCUCGAUGAAUAUGGGCAACCGGAGAAGCUCGGUACGCCGGUCGCGCUGGAGGCACCUAAGCCGGAAGUGAUGGAUGAUGUAAAGCCGCAGCCCGGCAACAUAUCCGGAAACGGGAUGUAUGGCAAUCACCAGCCUGCGCAAGGCCAGCAGCGCUCCGUGGCGGUAAGGACGAAUGGCGCGUCCAACGGCGGAUCGCAUGGUAACAUCCACCCCAUCGAGGCUCUGUCACCGUAUGCGCAUCGCUGGACGAUCAAGGCGCGAUGCACGCACAAAGGCGAGAUCAAGACAUGGCACAACAAGAAUGGCGAAGGCAAGCUUUUCAGUGUCAACUUUCUGGACGACUCCGGUGAGAUUCGAGCUACGGGUUUCAACGAUGCAGUAGAUCAAUGGUACGAAGUGCUGCAAGAAGGCAGUGUAUACUACGUCUCAAGUCCAUGCAAAGUUGGCUUGGCAAAGAAGCAGUUCUCGAACCUGAACAACGACUACGAGCUCACGUUCGAGCGGGACACUCAAAUCGAGAAGGCGGAGGAGCAGGACGGAGUGCCGCAGGUGCGCUAUAACUUCACGUCACUCGCCGACCUUCAAUCCGUAGACAAAGACUCGACCAUUGACUGCAUCGGCAUUCUGAAGGAAGUCGGCGAAGUCUCCGAGAUCGUUGGGAAGACGUCUUCGAAACCGUACAGCAAGCGCGAGCUCACCCUUGUCGACAACACAAACUAUAACGUCCGUCUCACAGUUUGGGGCAAGACAGCAGAGAACUUCGACGCCCAGCCCGAGUCUGUGGUCGCAUUCAAGGGACUCAAGGUCUCAGACUUCGGCGGCCGUUCACUUUCGCUACUCUCGUCCGGAUCGAUGAACAUCGAUCCGGACAUCGACGAAGCGUACAAGCUUAAGGGCUGGUACGAUGCCAGCGGCCGCAACGAAGAGUUCGCCUCUCACGCCAACACCAUGUCCACCGCCGUCGCCACGGCCGGUGGCGAUCGCAACGCCUACAAGACCAUCGCCCAGGUUCGCGACGAAAAUCUCGGCAUGGGCGAAGAUACGGAUUGGUUCAGCGUCAAGGCUACCAUCAUCUACGUCAAGCAAGACAACUUUGCCUAUCCUGCAUGCAUAUCAGACGGUUGUAACAAGAAAGUCAUCGAGCACGAACCUGGGCAAUGGCGCUGUGAGAAGUGUGAUACUUCGCACCCUCGCGCCGACUGGCGGUACAUUAUGAGUGUCAAUGUCUCCGACCAUACGGGUCAGAUGUGGCUGAGCUGUUUCAAUGAGGUGGGGCAACUGAUUAUGGGAAUGGAUGGGAAUGAACUGCAUGCGUUGCAAGAGGCAAUGGAGGAGAAGAAGUUGGCCGAGGCGUUCCAAGAGGCGAAUUGCAAGACGUUUGUAUUUAAGUGCAAGGCGAAGAUGGAUACGUUCCAAGAUCAGCAGAGAGUGCGAUAUCAAGUGCAAUACGCCAACCCGCUUAACUUCCAAAUAGAGUCGAAGAAGUUGGCGGAUCUGAUCAAGGUGUACAGCGCGAACGAGACCUUGUUCGUGCAGUGA